AUAACUCUCCUUCCUUAGCAACCCGAUCCCUGAUUAAAGAAUCACUUGUUCAAAGUUUUUAAAACACAUUAGUUAAGAUUUAAAAAAAAAAAAAACACACGUAUGUCAUUGUUUCAAAGUGUUAUGCGGUACUGGAAGUGAGCAGGGAAGAGGAAGGCUUGCUUGGAAACGGGAUGUCUUCCCGCGAGACUUGGGCUUUUGUGCUAAUGCCACGUCUGUGUUAGCAGUUAGCAUAGCUCCAGGUGGCAGAAAUCCUCCGAGGUGAAUUUGCGUACAGUUUGGCCAGCGCAUUAAAGAGAAAUAAACACCAGCCAGCCGGUGGACCAUCGGCGUUCUCCGGUAAAUACUAUGGGACGCCUACAUCAACUAACAAUGACACUGGCUAUGUCCGCACUACUGCUGUUGAUUGCCUCGCAUCUGAGCGACGCUCACGGCCACUCACACGACCACCAUCACGGCCACCAUCACCAUCAUGGCCACUCACACGGAGAUGAUCACCAUCAUCACAGCCACUCGCACGGUCCUGAGGGAAAGAUGUUCCACGGCGCCAGCAAGUGGAGCGCCGAGGCCAACCUGCCAGAAGCGGAGGAACACCAUGGCCAUUUGCAUGGGCAUGCACAUGCCGAUGACCACGGUCAUGCGCACGACCACGGUCACGCGCACGGCCAUGACCACGGUCACGCGCAAGAUCACGGUCACGCACACGGCCACACGCCAGGAGAGCGGAAGGGUGAGCCUGAGAAGCGGGACAUUAUGGAGCUGUGGACACAGGCCAUCGGCGCCACGCUACUAAUCAGCGCCGCGCCCUUCCUCAUUCUCUUCCUCAUCCCAGUUCAAUCCAACAGCGACCAGCACCAGAAUCUGCUUAAGGUGCUGCUAAGCUUUGCGUCAGGAGGCCUGUUGGGCGACGCCUUUCUUCAUCUCAUACCACAUGCUCUGGAGCCACACUCCCACCACGGUGAGGACACACACGCUGCUGAAGAAGCCCACGAACAUGGCCACUCGCAUGGUGGCGCCCACGGUCACAUGAUGUCAGUGGGCCUAUGGGUGCUAGGUGGCAUCGUGGCCUUUCUGAUUGUGGAGAAGUUUGUUCGUUUGCUCAAAGGAGGCCACUCGCACGGACACUCUCACAAUGCUGUCAAGAAGGACAGCGAUGGAGAAGAUGAACAGAAGAAGAAAGCAACAAAGAAGAAGAAAGUAGAGCAAAGUGCUGACAUCAAGGUGUCUGGCUACCUCAACCUGGCGGCGGACUUCACUCACAACUUCACGGACGGCCUGGCCAUCGGCGCGUCCUUCCUGGUCAGUCCAGCAGUGGGCUCCAUCACCACGCUCACCAUCCUGCUGCACGAAGUACCACACGAAAUCGGCGACUUCGCGAUCCUGGUGCAGUCCGGCUGCACUAAGAGGAAGGCUAUGUCCCUGCAACUGCUCACCGCAGUGGGAGCGUUGGCGGGCACGGUCUGCUCGCUGCUAGCCGAAGGCGUGGAUCCGGCGGCCAUCUCCUGGAUCUUGCCCUUCACGGCAGGCGGCUUCAUCUACAUCGCCACGGUAACGGUCCUCCCGGAGCUUCUGGCUGGUCGCUCCAGUUUCGGACAGUCUCUAAUGGAGAUUCUGGCCUUGCUGUUUGGUGUCGGUAUGAUGGUUCUGAUCGCUGAGUAUGAAUGAAAAAUAUCUGUUUUUUUUCACUUGUGUUUACUUCUUUUUUAUUGGUUUGUGGGACAAAUGCUCUUAGGGCCUAUUUUCUUGGUGGAGUUCCUUUUUGUCCCCCAGAGGGAGCAUCAGGUAUUAAGAUAAUGGUCAUUUAUUUUUAAAGUUUUUUUAUUGGUUUUAUGAGUUAUGAAAACGGAGGUAUAAAAAGCAACAGUUAAAGAAAAUAUUCAAGUAAUAACUCAUUAAUCAGGGCAAAAAAAUAUUGUAAACCUUUUUUUAAUUUUCUGUUUGUCCAUUGAGAAAGACUCAUUUCUUUCCCAAGACUGUUAAAAUGUGUAGGAGAUGAGAUGGAUUUCCUCCUCAACAGAAUUUUGCUUGAAGGGUAACAAAGUCCAGGGUGGCUCUUGUGAGGAUUUUAACUUGAACACAUCGGUUUGUGUUCUAAAUAGCUGAUUUGUAUGAAGUACAUGUGAGUGGAAUAUUCACAUAGGAGGUCAAAAGUUGAGUUUCAGGCUUGAUGGGAUGUUUUUUGUUGUUGUUGUCAUGGCCACAAUAUAGAUAUGUCCAAAAAAAUUUAAUUUCUGGGCCUAAUAUUUUCCGUGAACGCCUUGGAGACGUUUCUUUUUGUCCAAAAAUUUCCAGGAAUCUUUUUAAUAUUUUGUGUGUACAUAUGUCAUUUGUUUCCACAAAUACAUAUUUUUUUGUACUUAUCUCUACUGUGGACCCUUUCUUUUAAUUCCAUAUGUCGCCUGAGUACCCAAGUGUCAAAAAACGGGGAGCAGAUGGAGACUGCUUGAUUGUUAAUGUCUGCAAUUAGCAGACAUGAUCUGAUUGUACACUACUGUGACCAACAAUAAAGGCUGAUAAUGAUCCUA